CUAAUUUUUAAAAUUUGUUAGGUGGUACAAAUCGAUAAAUGCAAUUCGUUGGCAUCACAAAAUGGCAUCUAAGAAAUCAAAAAAAGCUGGUCUUGGAGAAAUUUCUCUAAGAGACAUGGUUCUCACUCAGUACAGUUUCAUGGCAUACGUUUACAUUGCGCCUAAAUCUUUUGGAUUAUGCAAUACACAUGAAGAAGACGAAGCAUUUAACCACGUCUGGCGUGUAAAUGGAUACAUGCUAGGAAUCUCUGACAGAUUUAAUUUGUGUCGAAAUAAUGUAAAUGAAACUAUUAAAUUGUGUAAAAAGAUCAAAGAUCUAUACACAACUUAUUUAAUAAAUUGUAAAACAUCACCCGACUUUCACAAAGUAGUAUCAACUAUAUCAGAUGCGUUAUGGUACGUUAUGAUCACCUUAGAUAAAGAUUCCUUGAUGGCAUUCACCUGUGACUUACAUAAUGUUCCAUACAAAAAACUUGGAUGGUACAGUUGGCUAAAUAAGAAAUUUCAUGAAGGAUUAUUUUAUUUAUUUUUUGUUCCUUAUGUUGGAGCAGUUGUAAGAAUAUGUUAUAACUACCUCUCUCAAUUCGUAAUUUGGAAUUUGGAUAAAUUUCCUAUAUUUGCCUGGUUAAAAUUUGGAAAGAAUAAUGUUCAAUUUAAUCUUUAUCCUAAACACUAA